GGAGGUGCAAUUACACGCUGCAGCUUUAAACUGUCUGUCUCUACAUAAACAAACAUCAAUCUAGGAAUGGACAAAGUUCUAUGGAUAACCAUUUGAUCACCACCUUAGAUUACUAUCUAACAUUAUUUUAUUACUUUUUUACACAUUUUUAAGCGCUUAAUGAAGGUUCUUUAGCUCUAGCCAACGGGAUUCUGUAAACUUUUCCUGCUGUACACAUUGUCAAACUGUGGAUUUACAGAUAGCCAGUCGAGCUAGCUGGCUAAAGUCUUCCAGUGGAUUUCCUGAAAAAUAAAUUCCACAGCAUCUGCAACAUCCAGAUCCUGUAAAUGGGGAACAGUGCACUCAAAGCUCAUUUGGAAACAUCUCAGAAGACGGGAGUCUUUCAGCUGACCGGAAAGGGUUUGACAGAGUUCCCAGAAGAUCUGCAGAAACUCACCGCAAACCUGCGGACAGUUGAUCUGUCCAACAACAAAAUCGAGGUGCUUCCAGCAUUCAUAGGAGGCUUCCAGCAACUCAAGAGUCUUACCAUAAGCAGCAAUAAACUGACCAGUCUACCAAAUGAUAUCGGGAAACUCAAGAAGCUGGAGACUCUUAUUUUAAAUGGGAACCAGCUAAAACAACUUCCUGUGUCAGUGGGACAGCUGAAGUCCUUGCGUACCUUGAGCCUGUCUGGGAAUCACUUCAAGGAGUUUCCCACUGGACUCAGCAGCCUUCGCCAGCUCGAUGUUCUGGACCUGUCUAAGAAUCAGAUCCAUGUGGUUCCUGCAGAGGUGGCCGAACUGCAAGCCAUUGAAAUCAACCUCAAUCAGAACCAGAUUUCAACCCUGGCUCCAGAGGUGUCUCGUGCUCCCAGACUGAAGGUCUUACGGCUGGAGGAGAACUGUCUGGAGCUCACCUCUAUCCCGAUCUCCAUCCUCACAGAGUCCCAGGUGUCCCUGCUGUCUGUGGAGGGCAACCUGUUUGAAGUGAAAAAAAUGCGUGACCUAGAAGGAUAUGAUAAAUACAUGGAACGUUUCACUGCAACCAAGAAGAAAUUUGCGUGAUCAAUCAGAGGCUUCCUGCACGUGUCCUCUGCGCUGGGCUUAGCAUGGAGAGGUUUCAGCUUUGACCGCACAUAUAAAUGGCAAGACGGCAAUGGAAGAAAGGUCAGGACUUCUUCACAGAGACGGCCUGCUGCUCAUCACCGUUACAGUACAGAGAGCACAUGUAUGAAUUACUCUAUGAACCGUGCAUCACUCUUUCUUUUGCAAAGAUUUUAUAAACGGAAACAUAAUGCUGACUGCUUUAUGAGGACAUUUACAGUGGAGAAUGAUUAAUUGUAAAUUUUGAGGGCACUAAUGCCACGUUUGUUUUAACUAACAUAUUGUACAUCCUGUACCCUUUUGCAAUGUAUGCUAUUGCCCAGCAUUUAUUGAUCCAUUUAUUCUAAUGCUUUACAGUUAGAAAGUAUUUCUAACAAUUAAAUAGACUUUUCUAUCUCUUAUAGGAUUUAGUUUCCAUCUCAUAUUUUUGUCAUUAUUUGAUUAAACACAUUUAUUUGAGCUUUAUUAUAUAAUCUGUUGUGUAACAGUAUUUCGGUUGAACUGUGAUCUCAAAACUUCCGUUAAAGAAUAUUUACUGUGAUAUUUAUGAAGUAGCCAUUUUUUCUGACAUCAAAGGCUGCAGAUGAGUCUUAAUGUUGAUCAAAGAAAUUAAUGCCAGUGGAUAUUUAUAUUUAUGUUAAGACAACACAAUGUUCAGUUUGUAUUUACUUUUACACAUUUAUACAUUCUGCAUGUUUUCUUUUCCGAAAAGUGCAUAACCCGGAAAGCAUUUUAGUGAAGGAUUAUGCAUUUCCAUGCCGUUUUUGAGAUGGCAAAUCUAAUUCUAUUUGUGUCUACGUGUUUAUCUAUAACUUACACACUUGAAUGUCAACUGUAGUCCUCUGUUUAACUUUAAGUGUUUCUGAAUAUAUGCACAUUAAUGGAAAUGUGUUAAUUACAAACAUCUAAAGAUGUAAUUUCGCAAUCGGAAUUAUAACAAAAAGCCAAAAGCAGUCAUGAGUGGCUUUUACUUUCAUUUCUUCUCAAUGUACUGUCACCUAAAUUAUUUUUACUCUACAGCAUUUAGCCACAAAACAAAGCUCACAUUGUAUUAAAAUGACAAUGUCAUGCAAUUGUCAAGCAAUUUACACCUGAAUGUCCCCUCAGGAUGAAUAAAAUACAUCUAUCUACCUGUA